CCUUGCCUUCGACGCCGGAUCAGCUUGGAAUAUCAGCCCAGCCUCUACCUCCACUCACGUCCUCUAGAAAUCCCCGGGCUUGCGAGCACACUUCCGUUCGAGAGCCUCUGCUUGCCAUCAUGUCUCAGGACUGGAACACCGUGAUGAUCUCCAAGACCCGCCCCACGGCGACACGUGGCCAGAAGAACGCCGCUACCGCGGCCGCGGCACGUAGCGGGACGUUGGACACAGAGCGCAAGUUCGCCGCCGGGGAGAACAAGAGCUCCCACCGGGGUCACAUGAACAUGAAGAAGCUCGACGAUGAGACGGAAGAGUUCCAGCACACACGCGUCGACCGCGGGCUAGCUCAGGCGAUCCAGCAGGCACGUCUCGGGAAAAAGAUGACGCAGAAGCAGCUUGCGACGCAAAUCAACGAGAAGCCGCAGGUUGUGGGUGAGUACGAGAGCGGGAAGGCCAUCCCCAACCCGCAGCUGAUCAGCAAGCUCGAGAGGGCGCUCGGCGUACGCCUGCCCCGCCCGGGCAAGAAGGGGAAGAAGUAACUAAAUGAAAUCUAUACUUUGAUGAAGAUGAUGCGUGCACUGCGAGAAAGAAGGGGGCAGAGACGGCAGUAUCAAGACGGGAGACCCUCCGCUCGACGGAAAAGGAUGAUGCCGCGUGAAUGAAUAUGAUGUGAGAAGCAGGCAACAGCAGCGACAGCAGCACGGGAGACCCCCAACCGGCCUCUCCGCGCGACAGGAUGGUGCAGCUGCUGCCGCUGCCGCUGCCGCCGUGCGAGGUUUUGGUGGGCCCGGAGGAGCGAGGGACAACGGGAGACGGAUGUAGACUAUAGCUAUAUGGCGGGCGGCGCCUACUUGCCGCACAGCGGUGUCGGCCGACAGGCACCAUGUGCACGACCGGGCAAGGAGGCAGACGUGGAAGGGUCGGGAUGUUUGAGAGGGGGGGGGGGGAUGGUGCCCGUUCGCGACCCGUGCCAAAUUUCUGUCGACGCUGAGGUGGAGGAGGGCGACCGUGUGGUGGUAGUGGAAGACGAGGCUUGGUUGUGAAUUCUGGGCAUGCGGUGCAGUUGGAAAGAGAGUAACCUAGACAAGCCACCUUUUGUACAGGUUGGGCAUCGCGGGUGCGCAGCGAGCGAACGAGGAAAAGAGAUGGCCAUGCCUGACAACCGUCCUCGCUCGUGCUUUGUUUGUGUAGCCGUUUUUGGGUCGGCGUGUGCUGCGGGCAAGCCUUGAGCGUGACGGGAGGGCUUGUACGCAUGUGCGAUGACGUGGAAAGGCGUUGUGAUGUUGUCCGUCUUCGCACACCGCUCUUGUGAGAGUUUUAGUUGUGUUGGUCGUUGGGGGAUGAUGCUUUUUUUGGUGUGUGACAGCAAGAUGGGGUUUCCCCUUUGCAAGAAGGAGGCGUUCGCGGUUUUGCAAAGGCCAAGGGGUUAGGGUUAGGAACCGCAAGCGCAGCUCCUCGCUCUAUUGGCGGCAGCGGCGGGCACGCGUGCAGGCACGAUACAUAACGAGAGCGGAUUGAUGAUGAGAGAGAAAGAGAGGCUUCUGGCCGGCCGCUCACUGUUGGCGUGCCGCGAGGGAAGGAAAUCUCCUGGGCGUUGCGUAAAUUCGCAGUCUCUGCUAAGCCGUGCCGCUUCUGACCGUUUUCGUGGUUGACGAGCGAUCACCUUUGGCAACCAAGGUCAGGAAGGCCUACCUCUUGCGUGGGUAAUGAAGCGU